AUGUGGAAAAUACGUUGGGAUAAAAAAAAAACUGACGACGGUCGCUACCCUUCGCGGAUUUUAAAAGCUAAAAGCCACGAGGGCCACGCCGUAGUAUUAAUUACCCGUGCAGUGAAACAUAAACAUUGGUCUUGUAAGCUUAUGAAUCGUGUUUCUUCCUUCCACCCUUGGCCAUCAGCAGUGGAAUGGGUAAGGUGUUUCCGCUCCGUUUCCUUUACUUCUGGUAGCGUGCCGUUGCAAGACCGAUGCGGGACGGUUUGUGCCCACCAAGAGGCAUCAUGGAAUCUUGGAAAGGGUUCUAUUUUUGUGGUGGAGCUCCUUAAAAGUUGCUUUGAAGCCAAGCUCAAAAACUUUUAUUAUUAUUUUUUUUUUUCAGAGACAUUAUCCAUUUAA